AGAGAGAGAGAGAGAGAGAGGAGGUGUGUUAGGGUUUAAAAAGAGGGAGCAAAGGAUUAAACGGAGACCGCGUUUUGAAAGCUCUCUUUACACUUUGCCUCCCCUCACACCGGUUCUAGGGUUUUAGCUUUGCCGCCUUCUUCUAUCUCCCCCUCUCUCCCUCUGCAAUCACAAUGAGCAACGACAAGGAUAGCAUCAACAUGUCUGAUCUCGCCGCUGGUGCUCUGUACGAAGAGGAUCGAGCAGGCCUCGUUAACGCUCUUAAGAAUAAGAUACAGAGUUUGGCCGGGCAGCACUCUGAUAUCCUCGAGAGUCUCUCUCCUGUAGUCAGAAAGCGUGUUGAUGUUCUUAGAGAAAUACAGACUCAACAUGAUGAAUUAGAAGCAAAGUUUUUCGAGGAGAGAGCAGCCCUGGAGGCCAAGUAUCAGAAAUUGUACCAGCCUUUGUAUAGCAAGAGAUACGCGAUCGUAAAUGGUGUUGUUGAAGCUGAAGGAGCUACUACUGAAGCAGCAAGUCAAGAGGAUAACGCUGCCGAAGAGAAAGGAGUGCCUGAUUUCUGGCUCAAUGCAAUGAAAAACAAUGAAGUUCUAGCUGAGGAGAUUACUGAGCGUGAUGAAGGGGCCCUUAAAUAUCUUAGGGACAUCAAGUGGUUUAGGAUAGAUAAUCCUAAGGGGUUCAAACUUGAGUUCUACUUUGACACCAACCCCUUCUUUAAGAACUCUGUCUUGACAAAGAUAUAUCACAUGAUAGAUGAAGAUGAACCCAUUCUUGAGAAAGCAAUAGGGACGGAGAUUGAAUGGUAUCCGGGAAAAUGUUUGACACAGAAGCUCCUUAAGAAGAAGCCUAAGAAGGGAUCUAAGAAUGCUAAGCCAAUCACUAGAACUGAGAAUUGCGAAAGCUUCUUCAACUUUUUUAGUCCACCUCAAGUUCCUGAGGACGACGAAGAUAUUGAAGAAGAUGCUGCUGAGGAACUACAAAACCAGAUGGAACAGGAUUAUGACAUUGGGUCUACCAUUCGAGAUAAGAUCAUCCCCCAUGCUGUUUCAUGGUUUACGGGAGAGGCUAUCCAAGGAGAUGAUUUUGGAGACUUGGAAGAUGAUGAAGACGAUGACGUUGAAGAUGAAGAUGAUGAUGAGGAUGAUGAGGAUGAAGACGAGGACGAAGAUGAUGAUGAAGAUGAUGAAGAUGAAGAUGAAGGCAAAACCAAAAAGAAGACAUCAGCUGCUCACAAGAAGAGUGGAAGAGCACAACUUGCAGACGGUCAGCAGGGCGAGCGGCCUCCAGAAUGCAAACAGCAGUAGAAUAUGAUUGUUUCCGAAAGGCGGGUUGAGUAGCUGAGCGUUCUCAUUGGACCUUCAGACUGUUUUGAUAGAAAAUGGUGGCUGGUCAUUUUUGUAUGAUCAAUAUAUUUUUACCUCUGUAUGAUGAGUGAUAGUCGGAGUGUUUCUCUUUUUAUUUUUACCUUAAGUUGGUCUAGAGGGGAUGUGAUAAAAAAGAUGGUUUGGAUGGCAUUGUGAUUUAUUUAUUGGUAUUUGAUGGACAACGUUUUUAGUACCCUAUUAAUGGUAUGUGUAAUUUUUUUUGGUU